AAAAAUAAUUUUUUGUUUUGACACAAUUUUAUUUCCUGAAAAUAGCUUGAAAAAUGUCUGGGAAGUCACAGCUAACUCUUCCCGAUGAGGAAUUGGAUUGGAUACAGCUGCGCCAGGACCUGGGACCCGUGAUUGAGGUGGAAACCACCAAGGAAAAGCUACAGCGCAAAAUUAAGGAGAACCCGCUGGUUCCGCUUGGAUGCAUAGCCACUACCGCUGCGCUCACAAUGGGCUUGUAUAAUUUCCGCACUGGCAAUCGCAAGAUGUCCCAAAUGAUGAUGCGCACCCGUAUCGCUGCCCAGGGAUUCACUGUGGCCGCCUUAAUUGUGGGCGUUGUGAUGACCUAUGGCGAAAAGAAAUCCAACUAAUUGAUAUUAAAGAGCAUUAAUCGCAUUAAUAGCAAUUGUAGCUUUAAAACCAAACCUGAAAUCAUGAGCUGUUUUUGUUUUGUAUAAUCUAAAAAAAAAAAAAAAAGUUAGGCGUAAAUAUUAGACACUGUCCGAGGUGCAUAAAUAGAUUAAUAAUGUAUAAAAUGAAGCAUAAUAUAAUUGUAAAGAUGUGUGGGUGAA